AUGCUGGUGCUAAUUGAGAGGCAACUGCUUAGCAUUGUCAGCCUGCAACAAUUUUUUUCAGGCUUUAGAAAUCUGCACCUGGAUGACCAAAUGACCCUUCUGCAGUACUCAUGGAUGUUUCUGAUGGUGUUUGCCCUUGGAUGGAGGUCUUAUAAACAAUCCAAUGGGACUGUGUUGUAUUUUGCUCCAGAUCUUGUCAUUGAUGAGGAGAGGAUGAAUUUACCAUACAUGCAUGAGCGAUUUCAAGACAUGUUCCGGAUUGUUAAGGAGAUGACUCGUCUCCAGAUUUCAUAUGAUGAAUACCUCUGCAUGAAGACCUUGUUACUCCUUUGUACAGUCCCCAAGGAUGGCCUGAAAAGCCACUCACUAUUUGAGGAAAUUCGAAUGACCUAUAUUAAGGAACUUGGAAAAGCCAUAGUAAAGAGGGAAGGAAAUUCCAGUCAAAACUGGCAGCGAUUUUACCAACUGACAAAGCUAAUGGAUACAAUGCAUGAGGUGGUUGAAAAUCUCCUAGCCUUUUGCUUCUAUUCCUUCACGGACAAAUCAUUGAGUGUUGAAUUUCCAGAGAUGUUAUCGGAAAUUAUCAGCAAUCAGAUACCAAAAUACUCAUCUGGAAAUAUCAGAAAACUUUUAUUUCAUCAGAAGUGA